CGGAGUUGGAACGAGCGCGGCCGGUUCGGAGGCCGGGCGGCUGGUUCCGCUGGCAGCCUCCCCUCCCCCUCCCCCUCCCCGUACUGAGGAGGCCGCGAAGCCCCAUGGCCGCCGUGUUCCUGGUGACGCUCUACGAAUACUCCCCGCUCUUCUACAUCGCUGUGGUGUUUGUCUGCUUCCUGGUUACCAGCGGCCUGGUGCUGGGCUGGUUUGGUUGGGAUGUUCCUGUGAUCCUGAGAAAUUCAGAAGAAAUAGAAUCCAGUGUAAGAGUAUCCAAAAAGCAGAUGAGACAAGUGAAGAAUCCUUUUGGCUUAGAAAUUCCGCAUCCUGCUGCAGUUUCCAUAACAAGGGGCAUAACACUGACACCUGAUUGUCUGGAAGACUGUAUCCUUACCUGCUACUGGGGGUGCAGUGUUCAAAAACUACACGAAGCUUUGCAGAAACAUGUCUAUUGCUUCAGAAUAAAGACUCCACAGACACUAGAAGACGCUCUCUACAGCGAAUACAUCUAUCGACAGCAGUAUUUCAUUAAAAAAACUGACAAGGAAGAAAAAUAUUGUCAGUUGCCAGAAGAUGCUCAAAUUGCAGGCUUUGGCCCAGUGCCUAGAUCUCGUUACCCGCUGGUAGCUUUGUUGACUUUAGCUGACGAAGACGACAGAGAAAUAUACGACAUUAUUUCAAUGGUGUCCGUAAUUCAUAUUCCUGAUGAGAGUUACAGACUUUCCUGCAGAAUAUUAUAUCAGUAUCUACUUCUGGCCCAAGGUCAAUUUCAUGACCUUAAGCAACUCUUCAUGUCUGCAAGCAACAGUGUCCCGCCCUCGAGCAAUGCCUCUGGAGAGAGCAGCACUGACAAAAGCUUGCUGGAAAAGGUUGGACUGGCCGAAGUUGAAUCAGAAUUACAUGAGGAAAACAGUAAAGACUGUGUCGUCUGCCAAAAUGGAACAGUGAACUGGGUCCUCCUGCCCUGCAGGCAUACGUGUCUGUGCGAUGGGUGUGUGAAAUAUUUUCAACAGUGUCCAAUGUGUAGGCAGUUUGUUCAAGAAUCUUUUCCACUUUGCAGUAAAAAGGAGCAAGAUCAAGAUGAACCCGAACACAUUUUCCAGGAUGCUCCCCACGGAGCAGACUUUUAGUGGAAAGCCAAGAAUUAUCCAGUUGUACUCUCAAAUGCGUGGUGUAGAACCUAAAGCAUUUUCUGUCCAUGGGAGGAUCUGCAGUGUAACUUUAUGGUUUUGCUGUUAGUUACUAGACCAAUUUAAGCAUCCUUUUCAUGUCCACACUGCAUACAGUUACUGGAACACUGCAUAUGCACUGGUAAUAUGGCCAGAAGAAGUGUGUAGGAGAUGUAUGAAGAACGAGUUUUUUGCUAACUGUUGACUGGAUGUUCAUGAAGUAUUAGAGAUUAUUUUGACAAGUAGAUUUAGUUGAGCUAAACAUUAAAAAGAAAAGAACAAAGGCUUACAUACAACUGAAAUUGAAAAGUACUUUUCCUAUAUAUAUAGGUUUUUAAAUGUGAAGUUAGAAAAAAAUAUAAUUGUAAUCCUGUAUAAUUUAGAUAUUUAGCACUUUAAAGAAUGAAAAAUGAAGGAAACCAAAUAUUUAAGAAUCUGUUCUUAGUUUCGGUAUAAAUCCGUAUGUAUUUAUUUUGUAUCUGAUGAACUUGGCCAUGGGAAGUGCUGGGCUGCUCAACUCCUGUUGAAGUUACUGGGAGUUAAGGAUAUUCAGGACAUUAGUGGGAAUGGACCUCCUGUAAUUGUAUUUUGUUUCUGCUGCUUUGAAAGAGAUUUUCUGUGUGCACGCAGCCUGAUCCAAAGCCCCUCGAAGUGAUUGGAAAUAUUCCCAUUGAUGUUAGUGAGUUUUACCUCAGGCUCCUACUGACUAUCAAGCAUGUAGAACAUCUAAGUGAGCCCACUGUGUAUAGCCUGCCACACUGCACUGCUAGGCCUUUAACUCUUGCUAGUGUGACAGCUAUGGAUUAUGAAGGGCUAACUUUUGCAAGGAGAAGAGACUAAUUAUUUUGUAGAUGAUGUGAGUUUGGCAGCAUGUCCUGUUCCAUGACAUGGACAGCCUAGUCUGUGGGUUUGCCAACUCUCCCAUAUCCUUCAUUGAAAGACAGCAGAAAACACAAUUGUCUUCUAUCAAAAAAAUAAAAUAAAAUAAAAAUGGGUGUUGAGAAGAGAAAUGAUGCUGUUCACUUUUUAAUACAGGACAGACUAAUGUAAUUCAGGGUGAUGUAACUUCUAGGCCAGGACUUCUCCUCUGGUGGGAUGAGACACCAAAGUAAAAAUAACAAAUUCCCACCCUCACUAUGGGAGAUGGGCUUGGAGAGAAGGAGAAAUUUGCUCCCUCCUCCUUGCUCUGCCACUGCUCCACCAGCCCCUCCAUUCCCAGAGCAGCUUCUCAGGCCUCUGCCUUCCCUCCACACAGCACUCACUCUGUGGAGGGAAAGCCUGGCUUCAAGAGGCAUCUCCCAGCCUCUUUUACUGGUGCUGCCCUUAAGCUGAGCACUGUGCACAGAAGGAGUCCCCAAUCCAGAGCCCUAAAUUAUCUGCAGUUUCUUGCCAUGACUCCAAAUGCAAAAACCUUUGUGGCUGGAAUGGAUUAUGGGAGCUGGAAGGUCAUGCCAAGAAGCCAUGGGUGGUAGUAAUAAUAAUAAUUGGAGAUAUACCAAUCUCCUAGAACUGGAAGGGACCUCAAAAGGUCAUGGAGUCCAGCCCCCUGCAUUCACUAGCAGGACCAAGUACUGAUUUUUGCCCCAGGUGGCCCCCUCAAGGAUGAACUCUCAACCCUGGGUUUAGCAGGCCAAUGCUCAAACCACUGAGCUAUCCCUCCCCCUCAAGGUCUUUGGGAGGUUGAGAGACAAUGCACUAGGCCACCUGUGAUUUAUUAGGAAGUGGCGUGGUUUAUUAAAGUGAGUAUUGGGACUGCCUCUAGAAUUCUAAUCUCAGCUCCCCGACACUCCAUUGGUAACUUUAAGGAAGCAUCACUUGCACCAUGUAUCAAACAGAGAUAAUAGCCAGGGGUGUUGUGAGGACUGAAUAAUGUUUGCAAAGAGUUUUUGAAAGUAGAAAGUGCUGGCUGGAUGCUAAGUGUUGUUAUUUCUAAUUUAACUGUGUAUUGACUAUGGGAACAUCCCUCAGUGCGCUCCCAGAGACAAAGUUGCAGUGUCCCAGAGCCACUUGUCUGAGAUUCCCUGGGCAGGGUUAGCCCCUCUGAACAUUGAGCCUCCUGUGCCCUGCAUUACAGCUGCUGGUUUUUUUGGACAUGCAUCUGAAGAGGUGGGUUUUUUACCCACAAAAGCUUAUACCCAAAUAAAUCUGUUAGUCUUUAAGGUG